GUGAUUUGAUGAUUGCGAAAAUUGGGGGAGAGGAAGAAACGUCAGAACAACCGCAGAGAAACGUAUCAUCAACACGCAAAGAAAGAAAGUCACUCGCGCACAACCUUUCCCCGAAUCACGAAGCAAACGCUAUAAUUUGCUCCCAAGUGAUUAAAGUUUGAUCUAUCGAGUUAGAUGCAUGUGGCGUUAUCAUGGCUGCAUCUGAAAAAAGAGUUUCCCAUUCUUCGCUUCCAAUUGUAGAGGCUAAGAAGAAUAAUUACUUCAUUGAUGACUAUAUUGAUGCUGCAUGGACUGUUCCAGAACACCAAACUAAUUUCCAUCAGGCCGCAAGAUCCAUAGGACAAGACCAUGCUUACGAAUUUUCUCUUGAGUCUGAAGAUUUUCUUGAUGGAGGUUAUGACUCUGGUGAUGAUCAUCACAAGUCUGUUCAGCAAGAUACUCCUGAGGUAAAUUUGAAAAAUGUAUUGAGUGGGAUAAUGGCGAUUGUCAUUGGUAGUAACAAAGAUAGAAGUGAGGACACCAUUCCGGAAGUUACUGGUUCAAACGUUACGUUUAUCGGGUCUGAGAAGAAUGGAGAUACUUACUUGCACCCAUCUGUUUACAUUCCCAGUGCUCCGCCACUUCUUGAAUCAAGUGGAGUCAACUAUAAUGCUUAUAAAGAGGUGUUGGAAGCCGAGCCACCAGAAUGGCUUCGAGACAGCUCUACUUUAGUUUGUAUGCAGUGCAAUGCUCCCUUCACUGCCCUCACUCGUGGCAGACACCAUUGUCGAUUCUGUGGAGGGAUAUUUUGUAGGGCCUGCUCAAAAGGAAGAUGCUUGUUACCUGUAAAGUUCAGAGAGAGGAAUCCUCAGAGGGUGUGUGAUACUUGCUAUGACAUGCUUGAUCCAUUGCAAGGUGUAUUGAUCAACACCAUCAGCAACGCUGUACAGGUCGCGAAGCAUGAUGUCAUGGAUUGGACUUGCACAAGGGGAUGGCUAAAUCUUCCAGUUGGUUUGUCUAUGGAACACGAAAUAUAUAAAGCUUCUAACACGUUGAGGAAUUACUGUCAGGUUGCCAGGUUAAAUCCUGAAAGGUCUAUUCCUGCAGCAGUUAUAAAAGGAGCCAAAGGUCUUGCUAUCUUAACAGUUGCUAAAGUUGGGAUGCUACUUACAUACAAGCUUGGUACUGGUUUGGUCAUGGCUCGAAGGGCAGAUGGUUCAUGGUCUGCACCUUCUGCUAUAAUUUCAGCUGGUCUAGGAUGGGGUCCUCAGGCUGGAGGCGAGCUUAUGGACUUUAUAAUUGUGCUACAUGACUUUAAAGCUGUGAAAACAUUCUGUAGUCGCAUGCAUUUUUCUCUUGGAGCUGGUUGCAGUGCUGCAGCAGGACCUCUUGGGAGAGUUUUGGAAGCUGAUCUUCGAGCUGGUGAUAGAGGCUCUGGCAUGUGCUACACUUAUAGUUGUAGCAAAGGUGCAUUUGUUGGGGUGUCCUUGGAAGGGAAUGUGGUUGCAACAAGGAUGGAUGCUAAUCUUCAGUUCUAUGGUGAUCCAUAUCUCACAACUGGUGACAUACUUCUUGGGACCGUGGACAGACCAAAGGCUGCUGAACCCUUGUAUGCUGCUCUUGAAGACCUUUAUGCUAAACUUCACCCUUAGCUUUCUAUAUGCUUGCAUGUUCUCUAUGUACAUAUUACCAAUGUAUUAAUCUUUCUCUUCCCAGACAUACUUGAAAGCACUUGUUGAUAUUAUUUAUUGAAAGAAAAAAAAAAAAACUGUAGACUUGCAAAAUGUAGAAGUUAGAUCAGAAAGUUAAUUUCCAAUUGGUUAUAAACUGUGUUUUCGAAGCU